AUGAAGAAAAAAUUAAGAACUAAAGAUUUACCAAAAAAUGCCAUCGAUGCUCUUCAAAAAUGUAACACAUCAAUUUUCCCUUCUACUUUCAAACUUUUGCAAAUUUUAACAACUCUCCCAGUUACAACUGCUAACAUUGAACGAUCUUUUUCAACAUUAAUAAGAUUGAAAACAUAUUUACGAAACACCACAUGUGAAAAUAGGUUGAAUGGUUUGGCAAUGAUGAAUAUACACAGUGAUAUAAUGAUAAACCCUGAUGAUGUCCUAAAUAAAUUAGCGACCAAAACAAGAAAACUACGGUUGAUGUAA